AUGUUCUUUUCUGUGACAGUUGGCAGGCCUUUAAACCUGCAAACUUGGCAGCAGAACUGGCACAACGCUCCAACUAAGUUGUUGCUAAAAUUGCAGCACCUGCGCUGGGUUUUGGGCCGACAUGCAACGAAGAUUCAAGAUCUGCUUCAAAGCACAGGGUUUCAUGGACAGACUCACAGACGCGACCAAGGUGAGCUCAAGCGGCGCCAGGCCAAGACGGUCAGAGAGAAGUGGUGGGAGAAGGGGCCGACCCUUCCUGGUGAGGGCUGUACACCGGCGCAGCGACGACUGGCAGAUGACAAGGCGCACAUUACACGGGAGUUUGCCGCUUGCUGCAGGCCAGUUCUGCGUUUCUUGGUUCUUGCUGAUGAUAGGACUCCAUCCGUUGGUACUUGCAACGGUCGCUUGAUUCCGCCGACAUUUUUGCUCAUUCUCAUGUCAUGGACUGCCAUCAAAGAGCGAGAGACCAAGGGUGGCUUCGUCUAUGCGGGCAAUGGCAAGGGCACCCACAUGUGGCGGCUCAAGCAGGAGCGGCCGGACCUCUUCAGCGAGAAAGACCUGCCUGAGGAAGAGCAGAUCCCGAGCGGCUUUGGCACCUGCAGCACUGCAGGGUGGCUGUACAACAAGGACAAGGACAUCUACUUUGAGCUGAAAUCCAAGCGGCGGUUCUGGUUCGACGAAUCCACCCGGGUGCACCGCGCACUCCACGAAGGGGAGGCAACUUCGCUUUGCCUGUCUGCGGGAGCAUCGGCCAUCUCUGCCAAUGCUACGCCGAUGACGAAGCACAUCGUGGUGCCCGACAUCCACGGUGCGGCCAAGGCCCUCCGGCGAGACUUCAGCCAUUUGGAUCGUCCGGCCGGCGCUUUGGCCGUGCUCGGUGCGAGCUCCGGUGCUGCAGCGCCCGAGGCGGCCGCGCGGCUUCUGCCGGACAAACUUUUCAAGCGUCUGGCAUCCUUCCGCAGCGAGUGGACGGAUGAGAUGCUCCUGGCGGCUUUGACCGGUGCCUUCGUGGACGUCGCAGCAGGUUUGGGAGGGCAGAUGCCCGCUGGCGCAGCCGGCCUGGUCGUCGGUCGCCGGGUCGUCGUCGCAGCGUCUCCAGGCGGCUGCUGUGCCGUGGCCAGGCAGCCGCACGCCGAAUCUUCAGGCGCGGGAGCGGCUCCUCGGAAAGCCAAGGCUACAGGAGGCUCCGCUGAUACGACACGUCCGGAGCUGUCACUGCUGUGCUCUGCGCGGCCGCAGCCAUCGGAGUCAAUUGCAACGCAUUGCGUGCAUUUGGAUGCGAGUGACGCCUUGGUCCUUGGCCUUGGUGUCGGCGAUCUUUGGGAUCAGCCCGAGCCGGCACUCGAAGCGGCACUGCCGCAUGUGGCGCAGCAAAGAUGUCGAGCCGGUGGGCUGGCGCUGUUUCGUCAGGCCCGCGCCGCGGGCCGAGCCACACCACCUGCGGCUGUAGCCUUGGCCCGGCUUGGGCCCAGCAGCGAUGAGGCCAACAAGGAGGCAGCUGACGCGUCGCAGCCAAGCAAGCGCCCUCGCGUCGAGAGCGGGCCUAGCAAAGUCCGGCUUCGCCAGGUGCUCCUCCGCUAUGCCGGGUCCAAGGAGGCGAAGGAUCCGGUACGCCACAAGGCCGUGACUCGGAGUCGGGAGGAUGCCGAGCAGAAGAUGCUGAAGCUUGUGGACGACUUCAUGGCCGACGCUUGUGCGAGCUUCCCGAGUGUUUGCAGGUCAGUCUCUGAGUGCGCGUCUGCUUUGAAAGGCGGACAAAUGGCCGGAGACCUCGGUUGGGUCGACCGCCCGGAUCCGGAAGCCCAGAAGCAAAAGCAAGAGAAAGACAAGGCGCCUCCCAAGCUGCCGCUUCCCAGCAGCGUGUUGAAGGCGGCCGUGGA